UAAUGCAAUAAUUUUUCUUUCAGAUUACGACAGUAGAGUUUUUCGUUUCGCAUUACAAUCGAACUCAUGGUCGUGCUAUGAAUUCCGAACGAUAUUCCAUUGGACGGUUAGAUAUUGCAGACUGGAUAGUGGAGGGCUACAAAAAAAUUGGUCUAUUAAUUUUCGGUUCGGGAGUAGGCCAACUAACGAUGGAUAUUGCCAAGUAUUCGAUUGGUCGUUUGCGCCCGCAUUUCUUUGCCGUUUGCCAGCCCAUUUUGGCCGACGGCAGUAGUUGCAACAAUGCAUUGAAUGUAGGACGCUAUGUGGAGGAUUUUACUUGCUCUGGAAGUGCCACUCCACGUAUGCUCAAGCAUAUGCGUCUUUCCUUCCCCAGUGCGCAUGCCAGCUUCGCGUGCUUCACUAUGAUUUACAUGGCGAUAUAUUUGCAGAAGCGCAUGAGUUGGGAACGUUGCAAGAUGGUUAAACAUUUCAUGCAAUUUCUGCUCGUUAUGUUCGCAUGGUACACUAGUUUGACACGUGUUUCCGAUUACCAGCACCAUACGACGGACGUAUUAGCUGGUUCGACGAUCGGUGCUUUCUAUGCGGUUCUCAUGACGCGGACAAUGUGGUGAUCAGUUGUCCAAGUAUUUGCAACUAAUGUACCAAACGCCGUAGGCUAUGGAACUUUCAAAAAGCUGUUUAUGUGCAAAUUUAUAUUUUGCAAGUGUGAAAUAAUAACCACCAUUAAUUUUGAAUUGUAAUAGAAUACAGUUAAUCGAAUAAAUAAAUGUUUUAAUUACUUUACGUGAUGGUCUUGUAACCGCAAAA